UGAAAGCCAUGAAGAACACCAAGGCUACUCCAGACUCUGAAGCCCCUGCAGAGCCUGUAGAGGCUGCAGAUUUUGAAAUGGCUGCCUCCCUGACAGGUUUUGGGAUGUACAACUAUCUAUUAUUUUUUAUAUCUGUGGUAUGCUCCCUUGCAAACCAGUUCAGUUCUUCGUCAAUGUCAUACCUGCUACCAGCAGCUCAGUGUGACCUACAAAUGCAGCCAUCUGACAAAGGCUUACUCAACUCUAUCAUGUAUGCAGGGAUGCUGUUAUCUUCAUUUCUGUGGGGCUUUUUAUCAGAUAUGCUUGGCAGAAGAAAACUUAUAGUUGUAGCUUAUGCAGUGGAUGGAGUUUUAAAUUUGAUUGGGAGUUUCACACAGAGUUUUGCAUUUUUGGUAGUAAUCAAAUUUAUGACUGGUGUUGUACUCUCUGGACCAAUGGCUAUUCGACUAACUUUCAUAUCAGAAUUUCAUAGCCUUAAGUAUAGGACAAGAAUAAUGGUACUAUCUGGAUUUCUGUAUGCAAUUGCAACCAUUAUUAUUCCAGCUGUUGCAUGGCUCAUAAUUCCUCUACCCUGGUCUGUGACAUUUUUUGAUGGCUACAUUACAUACAACUCCUGGAGAAUGUUUGUGACUGUGGGUGCAUUGUCAAGCUUUUUAGCAGCAUUCCUCAUUUACCUAUGUCCUGAAGCUCCAAAGUUUCUUAUGACAAAAGGUCGAUCAGAGGAAGCAUUGCAAGCUUUUAAAACUGUAUACAAACACAACACUGGAAAGGAACCAGAGACAUAUCCAGUUAAGAAGUUGAAGGAAGAAGUUCAAGCAGUACCUGAUCCAUUAACAACCAAUGAGAGCAGAAAGAGCGCCUGUUCAUUACUAAGAUUUGCCUUGAAAGAUGCAAAAUUACUUUUGUUAAAGCCACUACGAAAUAGAACAAUUAUGAUUAUGAUUCUUAAUUAUGGUGCUCUGCUUAGUUCAAAUACCAUACGUCACUGGGUACCACAGAUGUUUGCAUCAGCUGAAGAAUACAAGGAGUAUCAAAAAUACACAAACACAACUAAUGCAUCUGUGUCAAUUUGUGAAAUGAUAUCUUUCACUGGUGUGGCAGACACAGACGCAAAUGCAGGAUCUUGUGGAGUGGCAAUGGUCAGAAACACAGUUUAUAUCAACAAUAUUAUUGUUGCGAGUUCUCAAGGUCUCUCCUUUUUGCUUACAACUUACAUUAUUAAAUAUAUUGGCAAGAAAAUGACUAUGGUGAUAGGAUACGUUGGAGCAGCCAUAUGUUCAAUGGCAGCUUAUUGGACAUACAGCACAUCAACUGCAUUGGCUUGUUUUGCUCUUAUUGUGUCAUUAACUGGUGUGAGCAACAUUGCAUGCUUAGCUGUCAUUGUGGACAUGUUCCCUACAGGUGUCAGGUCAAUGGCAAUGGGUCUCAAUUCAAUGACGGGCCAGUUUGGAACAUUUACUGGAAAUCUGGCAUUCCCAUACUUAUUAGCAAUUGACUGUGUAGCUCCAUUCUCACUGAUAACUAUUCUAACACUUGUGGGUGCUGGUGUCACACUGCUGCUCCCUGAUACAGAUAAAGCAUCACUGCAAUAGUACCUCAAGACUGACGAUCUUAAUGGUAGUUCACAGCAAAUCUCCAACAGACACGAAUCUGCUACAUUAUUUACCAGAAAUCUGUGUGUGAAAUGAAACAAACAACAACCAGCAGUUUCAAGGAGUUUUCUCUACCAAUUUAAAAAAUUUAUUGUUUUCAUUGUUAGAAAAAUUUGAGAAAACUAAUGUGAAAAUAUUAGAAUGAAUUUGUAUUAGCAAGAAAGUAAAUCUGAAUUAUAUUUUUACACUGCUGUGGACUGCAGAGUAAUAUGAACCUGCCUAACACAUUAAAACUAUGUGGUGCCAAUCCAUAA